AUGGCUUCACUCAGAACUGUCACGGCGGCAAGCCGCACCGUCGCUGGAUCCAUCCUCCGACAGCCUCUCUCUGCACCGAGACUGCCCAACGCCAUUCCCCGAAGCUUCUCUACAUCUCGUCUCUCCUCCAACGCAUCUGCCUCGCCACAGCCCAGCUCGUCUACCAAGAACACCAGCUUAGGCAACGUUGAAACACCCGGCUUCCGCCCACGCCCAUCUGUCUCCGGCCCCGGCGCCGUUCGAGUGGGCACCCUCUUCACCUCGCUCAUCGCGCUCGCGGUCGCCGUGACCGGCUACGGCCUGUACGAGUACUACACUUCCUUCUCCGCCUGGCCCGUCUCGAUCCGCGAUGACCUCCGUGCAGCUAUCAAGGCUCGCAACCGUGGAGAUGCGAGACGUGCCGAGUCGUACUUCCGCAAGGCGCUUGCCACGGCCCGUGGUAUCAAGGCGGAGCUCAACGAGCCCACGCCGACACCCAAGGGUGCGCCGCCCGGGGAGGCGGGCGAAGCGAUGCUCAAAAUCUCGGGUAUCGCAAUCGCACUGGCUGCUCUACUCGAGGGGGAGGGAAUGGUGGAGGAGAGCUAUCAGGUGUUGGAGGAUGUGUGGAAUGAAGUGAUGCAGCGCGGCAAGUACAUUAACGUAGGCGAGGAGAGAGGGGAGUGCAAGAGGACGGAUAGGGACAGGAUGCGCGCAGUGCAGAUCGCGCAGAAGCUGGGUCUGCUCGGUCAGCUACCUGAAGUGCGGAUCACACUGCUGCACAAGGCGAAGCUGGCCCAACCUGGAGCUCAGCAGGACGGCGACGAGGACACAUUUAGAUUCAGCCUGACGGGCACAGCAGACUCGCAGGAUCCAGCAGAGCGCUGGCUGGUGUGGAGCGUCGAGGAGCUUUUCCGGCUUGUCCUACCUGCUAGCGUCCACGCAUCCGCCCUCGCAGCAGCAGCUGCUACUGAUGCCGCACCCUCCGAGCCCAACCCAAACUCCACUUCGCCCGUAACGCUCACCACGGUCACGCCGCCCACCUCGAUCUCGCUCGCCGACCUGGACCUCCCCGCAUGGGUGACUAAGCUCGACCUGCUCGCCUCGAUUGAAUCACUCGGCACCUUCUACGCCUCGAAAAACCUGGCCGAGUACGCGGUUCCGCUGUACCUUCAGACGCUGUCGAUCCUCUUGCCGCCCAACGCGGCCUCGGCUCCGACGGCGAGCGAGCGCUGCAAGGCCGGUCUGGUGAUGAACAAUCUCUCCCAACUUUUGUCGGGAGGGAACAUCAAGGACGCCUCGAAAUGGGCGCUCAAGGGGCUCGAGAUCACGGAUCAGACGGUGCAGCUGGCUGGGUUCGAGUCGCCAAGUACGGCCGAGGUGGUGCACUCGUCCGACGAGAGGACGCAGGAGGUGCGCACCGAGUGUUUGGGCGUCAAGCUCACGCUGCUGUACAACCUCGGCGUGCUGCACGACAUGGCAGGAGACACGUGCCAAGCAAGACUCUACUUCCAAAAAGCCUACGCAUUGGCCGACAAGAUCGGCGGGCCCACGUUCGCCAUCGCCAAGACCAAGGCGGCCGAAAGCCUGGCUCGUCUCGAACGACGCGGAUCCGCACGCAAGUAG